AUGUGCAUGCACAUAGCUUUGCUACGGUCGUGUUUUGACACCAAUACUAGUUUGGAUAUGGCUGGAGCCACGGUUGACAACGAGGUCAUGUCUCUGACUUCUGAAGGCGAAUCAUCAGCAGGACCUAUGCCGGUAGGAUCUACGGAUGAUUUAUCUGAAGAAAUCACCAAACGAAGUUCGACAUUGAAUUUGGCUGAAAUGGUUAAAGUACUCCCAUAUGUUUUGCCACAUGAGCUAUUGCAGGCAAUAGCAGAGAGAGACGCUUUAACAUUCCUUGGCGCUGCUAAUGGUUGGCCUACUAAUUUCGAAUCCGAUUUGGAAAACUGUCCGCUAUGUGGGUCCAAGUUAGGUGAUUCACGCAUUCACCCAGGACAACCACGAGCCAACACCUGUUAUCUCCUUACAGAACUUAACCCGUUCAAAGAAGUGGAUAUAAUGGUGAAAAUAUGUUCAUCUUGUGCGUGUUCUGCUAUGCAUCAAGCGUCGGCAGAAAAACUAG